AUGGUAGAACAAAUCAAGAGCCUCGUUAUAAAAUGUGAAAGCAUCAGAAACAUUUCAAUUUCUGAAGAUGCUGUAAAUGAGAUCAAAGAAAUUUAUUCUGUAAGCAAAGAAAUCAGUAAUAAGCUAUAUAAAAAGCUAAUUAGCCUUAUUUGGGAUGUCGGUGAUAUAAUCAUAUAUCAGCAACAGCUUAAAAAAUCAAGGGACUGGAAAAGCUGGUAUGCAGCUGCUGAACAAAUAUAUUUUAUAUCAUUAAUUAUUCUAUUAUUUAAUAUUAUUAAUAAUUAAUAAUUAAAUCAAUAGUAAAGUAUAGAUAAAAUAGAAGGCAAAGAAGAAUGGAAAAAACGAGAACAAAGCCCAUUAUAUGAUUACAGGCUACUACGGCGCAGAUUGAAGCUAAUUCGAAGUCUUCGACAGCAAGACGAUAUUCCAGCCUUAGUCCAUCACCUUCGCUCAGGCCUGCUUCGAGGCUUAGGCGGUAGCUUGAAUUCUACGUUAUAUACCAAGACUCUUGUGGAUACCAAAUAUCUCAUAAUGGAAUACCAAGAUGAAGUUUCUAAUGCCUUACGGCACGUACUGCAUUCUCAAAAAUACCCACUUCUUGACAAGGUCAAGUUUUUCUCAGCAUCCCGCUAUGCGUUUGGAAAAACCGCACUACUUAUGAGUGGUGGCGGAGGAUUAGGAAUUUACCAUUUGGGAGUAGUAAAAGCUCUGUAUGAUCAAGGAUUGAUGCCAAGAAUUUUAUGCGGGACUUCAGCUGGGUCUAUGGUGGCAUCAUUUAUAGGAACCACAAAAUGGGAAGAAAUCCCUAGCUCCCCAUUUGUGAGCGAACAAAACCAUUAGAAAAAUCCCUUUUUUUUGGGUAAAAACCCAUCCUCUGUGUGCGAACAAAAAAUUUUUGAUAUAUAUGUGAUUAUUAGUAUAAUUUCUAGCUAAUUUUGUUUAAUUUUAAACAAAUUGCAUUAUAAAACAUAAAUUUUCAAAUUAAAUUAAUUUUUACGAAUAAAAAUUUUUUUAAAUUUUGAAAAAAAAAAUUUACUAUAAAAAAUUUUUAAAAAAAAAAAUUAACUCCCCUCCAUGAGCGAACAAAAUUGUUUUGUUCGCUCACGGAGGGGAGUGUAAGUGGUUUGAAAAAGGAGCUUUAAAAUAUGGACCUUUUGAAGGGCUAGCUAAAGGAUCUGUGCAGAGAAAAAUUAAAAGACUGUUUAAACAGGGACAUUUGAUGGACAGUAAAACACUUGAAGUGUUUUUGAGGGCAAAUCUAGGAGAAGUGACAUUUGAAGAAGCUUAUGAAGCAACGGGAAUUAUUUUAAAUAUUACUGUCAGCGAAUCAGGAAGCUUUGACGAUUUCCGAUUGCUGAACUAUUUGACAGCUCCUCAUGUCCUCGUAUGAAGCGCUGCUUUAGCGUCUUGUGCAAUUCCAUUUGUAUUUCAAAGUGUAGAGCUAAAAUGCAAAGACCAUAAUGGCCAGACUGUGCCUUUCCAUCCAAGUGGGCUUAAGUUUAUAGAUGGGACAAUCAAAGCUGAUUUGCCGACACAAAAAUUGGCAGAAAUGUUUAAUGUGAAUGCAUUUAUAGUUUCACAGACAAAUCCAUGGGUUUUGCCAUUUUUAACGCCAGAGGACGGAGGCGGCACUUGGGGUGACAGCUUUAAAUUCAAGCUUUUUAAAGCUGUUAAGCGAUUAAUUAUGAUGGAAUUCAGACAUAGGGUCCAGCAGCUAAAUUUACUUGAUUUAAGCAGCACUUUGACAUGGUUUUUAAGCAUUUUUACCCAGGAAUAUAGAGGGCAUGUCACAAUCUGGCCUAUUCCUUCUUUAAAAGACUAUGUAAAUAUCUUAUCAAACCCUACUGAUGAAGAUAUCCAAAGAUGCAUUAGAAAAGGCCAAUUGAGAACUUUUCCCAAAAUAAAUAUGCUGAAAUCGAUCAUGGCGAUUGAAAAAACUUUUGAGUCUUGCUACCAUGAGCUGAGGGAUAGAGUUCACUCCCAAGAGAAAAGAAAGUUCUCAAUGGAUGGGCAGCCAGAUGAAAUUAUUCUUAAAGAAAGCUUGUAUCAGACUGAACUAGAUAUUAUCCCUGAUAUCAAGAAUAAAUUUGAGAAUCAAGAAGUCAUUGUAGAUGCUCUAUAA